AUGUGGCCUCUCCUCUACACAGUGAAGACCACUGAACGAGACUCUCGGCUGGAGGGGGUGACCUUUCUGCAGGACCACAGAAACAACCUGAAAAUAUCUAAUGUCUUUUUACAGAAAUACCAGUUUACUAUGAAAAGAAUAUGGCAGUGUAAACAGAGCCCUGAGAAGGUGAAAAGUUCUCUGAUUAAUGUGUCUGAACACGUGGGGAACCUGAGAUUCAGAGUCUGGAAUAAGAUGCAGCAGAUCACUCCAUACACUCCAGUCACUCUCAAUCCAAACACUGCCAACUCUUUCCUGCUGGUUUCCGAUGACCUGACCACUGUCAGGGACUCUGGUGAGGAUGAGGAUGAUCAUGCUGAUGAUGAAGAUCAGAAGCUUCCAGACACCGCUGAGCGUUUUACCUGCUGCGGGGAGAUGCUGGGCUUUGAGGGCUUUGACUCAGGUUCUCAUAACUGGGUGGUGGAGGUCGGCGACAGCUCCGACUGGAUUGUGGGCGUGGCCGGUGCUUCCGUUUCGAGGAAGUCUCUGGUGGCUGCAUGCCCAGAGAACAGAAUCUGGGGCAUGUCCUUACGCCGCGGCCUAUACGAGGCGUUGGAGUCUCCGUCCGUCCGUCUCCUGGUCGCCCCCAGCGUUCCCCACCAAACUACGCCCCCCCCAAGACGGCCACGUCGUGUCCGAGUGUGUCUGGACUGGGACAGACAUCGCGUGAACUUCUCAGACCCAGACAAUGGCAGACACCUUUACACGUUCAUGCACACUUUCUCUGAGAAGCUCUUCCCCUAUUUCUCCACCUCCUGUGUCUCCUGCCCUCUCAAGAUUGUCCCAGCAACAGUUACCAUAACGAUGAGUUGUCAAGGACAAGAGGAAGAGGAAGUGGAGGGGGAGUCUCUCUUGGAGAUGUCAGUCAAAUCUGGCCUGAGAGUGUUAGAUUACUUAACUAUACCUGAGCCAAAACACCUGCCAAACCUCUAG